AUGUAUAUUCCAAAGAAAUACCUUGAAGAUAGCUGGGAACAUCAGGAGCCUGUCAUUAGAAAUUACCCAUUGGCAACUGUGGUGACAAACGAUGCUGAUGGGAAAAUCAUCGCCAACCAUAUUCCAUUUUUCUUAUAUAUUGAUCCAGAAACGGGUAAGAAAUAUCUUCAAGCUCAUUUCGCUAAAGUAAACCCACAGGCACCUUCAUUGAAGGAAGGUAAAGAAGUGCUUGUGAUUUUCCAAUCGCACGACUCGUAUAUCUCACCUUCAUACUAUGCUGGUAAGCAGGAGACUCACAAGUAUGUACCUACUUGGGAUUUUGCCUCGGUGCAUAUUUACGGUAAGUCUAGAGUUAUUGAUGAUGCACAAUGGGUCAGAAAGCAAUUAGAUAACUUCACCGAUCAAAAUGAAAAGAAAAGAGAAGACCCCUGGACUGUUAGUCAAGCUCCAGAAAAUUAUGUUAAACUUUUGCAAAAGGCAAUCUAUGGAUUGGAAAUAGAAAUUGAACAAAUUGAAGGUAAGUACAAGUUUGAGCAGAAAAUGAACGCUGCUGAUAUUAAGGGUGUCGAGAAGGGAUUGGCAGAAGAUGGUAUUCAUGAGGUUUCCAAAUUUGUGAAGGAAGCUAAUGAAAGAAGCUAG